AUAAGCGGCUUCUCCCCUCCUUCCGGAAGCCUAACACUGAAUGCGGCUGCGCAAUGGGUGUUGGGUGCGCUUUUUCCCAGUCCCGACGUAAUUGUGUUUUUGUUCCGCAAUUGGCGGCUUAGAGGCAGAGGCUCUUUCGCCUAUAUCUACUAUAGCUUCUCCACGUAUGGACCCUACAGGUUACUGGUGCUACUACGGGGCCGGGCAGUUACUGUCUCAACUCUAGGAUGUGCGUUCUUCCACUGAAAGCCCUUCUGAGGGAGGCAAUUAAAAAACGGUGGAAUGGAAAAACAGUGCUGUAGUCAUCCUAUAAUAUGCUCCUUGUCGACAAUGUAUACGUUCCUGCUAGGUGCCAUAUUCAUUGCUUUAAGCUCAAGUCGCAUCUUACUGGUGAAGUAUUCUGCCAAUGAAGAAAACAAGUAUGAUUAUCUUCCAACUUCUGUGAAUGUGUGCUCAGAACUGGUGAAGCUAGUUUUCUGUGUGCUUGUGUCAGUCUGUGUUAUAAAGAAAGAUCAUCAAAGUACAAAUUUGAAAUGUGCUUCCUGGAAGGAAUUCUCCAAUUUCAUGAAGUGGUCCAUUCCUGCCUUUCUUUAUUUCCUGGAUAACUUGAUUGUCUUCUAUGUCCUGUCCUAUCUUCAACCAGCCAUGGCUGUUAUCUUCUCAAAUUUUAGCAUUAUAACAACAGCUCUUCUAUUCAGGAUAGUGCUGAAGAGGCAUCUAAACUGGAUCCAGUGGGCUUCCCUCCUGAUUUUAUUUUUGUCUAUUGUGGCCUUGACUGCCGGGACUAAAACUUUACAGCACAACUUGGCAGGACGUGGAUUUCAUCACGAUGCCUUCUUCAGCCCAUCCAAUUCCUGCCUUCUUUUCAGAAGUGAGUGUCCCAGAAAAGACAAUUGUACAACAAAGGAAUGGACUUUUCCUGAAGCUAAAUGGAACACCACAGCCAGAGUUUUCAGUCACAUCCGUCUUGGCAUGGGCCAUGUUCUUAUUAUAGUCCAGUGUUUUAUUUCUUCAAUGGCUAGUAUUUAUAAUGAAAAGAUAUUGAAGGAAGGGAACCAGCUCUCUGAAAGCAUCUUCAUACAGAACAGCAAACUCUAUUUCUUUGGCAUUCUGUUUAAUGGGCUGACUCUGGGCCUUCAGAGGAGUAACCGUGAUCAGAUUAAGAACUGUGGAUUUUUUUAUGGCCACAAUGCGUUUUCAGUAGCCCUUAUUUUUGUAACUGCAUUCCAGGGCCUUUCAGUGGCUUUCAUUCUGAAGUUCCUGGAUAACAUGUUCCAUGUCUUGAUGGCCCAGGUUACCACUGUCAUUAUCACAACAGUGUCUGUCCUGAUCUUUGACUUCAGGCCCUCCCUGGAAUUUCUCUUGGAAACCCCAUCUGUCCUUCUCUCUAUAUUUAUUUAUAAUGCCAGCAAGCCUCAAGGUCCAGAAUACGCACCUAGGCAAGAAAGGAUCCGAGAUCUAAGUGGCAAUCUUUGGGAGCGUUCCAGUGGGGAUGGAGAAGAACUAGAAAGACUUACCAAACCCAAGAGUGAUGAGUCAGAUGAAGAUACUUUCUAACUGGUACCCACAUAGUUGGCAGCUCUUUUGAACCUUAUUUUCACAUUUUCAGUAUUUGUAAUAUUUAUCUUUUCACUUUGAUAAACCAGAAAUGUUUCUAAAUCCUAAUAUUCUUUGCAUAUAUCUAGCUACUCCCUAAAUGGUUCCAUCCAAGGCUUAGAGUACCCAAAGGCUAUGAAAUUCUAAAGAACUGAUACAGGAGUAACAAUAUGAAGAAUUCAGUAACAUCUCAGUACUUGAUAAAUCAGCAAGAUAUAUUUGCAGAUUAUUUUCCUUGGCCUUCAAGUUUCCAAAAAACUUGUAAUAAUCAUGUUAGCUAUAGCUCAUAUAUACACAUAGCGAUCAAUUUGCCAGAUAUUCACAAUUAUUUAGUUCUAGUUUACAUGCCAACGUCUUCCCUUUUUUAACGUUUUGAUUAUCUAGGUUGUCUCUUGAAUUUUGGGGCCCUAGAGAUAGUCAUUUUGCGAGUAAAGAGCAAUGGGACCCUUUCUAAAAAUAUUGGUUGAAGGACCUAAUACCUGGCCAUACCAUAGAUUUGGGAUGAUGUAGUAUGUGCUAAAUAUUUUGCUGAAGAAGCGGUUUCUCAGACACAAAAUCUCAGAAUUUUAAUUUUUAGAAAUUCAUGGGAAAUUUGAUUUUUGUAAUAAUCUUUUGAUGUUUUAAACAUUGGUUCCCUAGUCACCAUAGUUACCACUUGUAUUUUAAGUCAUUUAAACAAGCCAUAGUGGGGCAUUUUUUGCCUCAGUUUGAGGAGAAAAAUCUUGACGUCAUUACUCUUGAAUUAUUAUAUUUUGGAGAAUAAGAGGGCAUUUUAUUUUAUUGGUUACUAAUUCAAGCUGUGACUAUUGCAUAUCUUUCCAAGAGUUGAGACGCUGGCUUCAGAAUCAUACCAGCUUGUCAGUAAAGCUGAUGCCUAGGAGCUUUUAAAGGGAUCCUUUCAAAAGGAUCACUUAGCAAACACAUGUUGACUUUUACUGAUGUAUGAAUAUUAUUACUCUAAAAAUAGAAAGACCAGUAAUAUAUAAGUCACUUUACAGUGCUACUUCACACUUAAAAGUGCAUGGUAUUUUUCAUGGUAUUUUGCAUGCAGCCAGUUAACUCUCGUAGAUAGAGAAGUCAGGUGAUAGAUUAUUUUAAAAAUGAGCAAACAAAAGUGACUUGCUCAGGGUCAUGCAGCCGGGUAAUGAUAGAAGAGUGGGCUUUAACUGGCAGGCCUGUAUGUUUACAGACUACCAUACUGUAAAUAUGAGCUUUAUGGUGUCAUUCUCAGAAACUUAUACAUUUCUUCUCUCCUUUCUCCUAAGUUUCAUGCAGAUGAAUAUGAGGUAAUACUGUUAUAAAUUCAUUUGUGAUAUCCACAAUAAUAUGACUGGCAAGAAUUGGUGGAAAUUUGUAAUUAAAAUAGUUGUUAAACCUA